AUGGCAGCGGCGUCUCCCAGGCAGAAGGUCGUGGUGGUGGGUGCUGGGCCGGUGGGGUCCCUGGCGGCCCUGUACGCUGCAUCCCGUGGUGACGAGGUCGAAGUAUACGAGUUGCGCGGAGAUCUCCGCGACCCGGCCACCGUGCCGCUCAAUUUCACCAAGUCGAUCAACUUGGCCAUUUCCGAGCGCGGCAUCACAUCUAUUCAGCAAUCUCACCGCGCUGGCCUAAUCGAAAAUGUGCUCCGCGAGUCGAUCCCUAUGUUCGGGCGGAUGAUCCACGGCCGAGACCGCGGUGAAUUGUGGGAGGCGGCGCAAGCCUAUGACGUCCAUGGCCGGGCAAUCAAUGCAAUUGACCGCAGUCACUUGAACAAUGCACUUCUCGACGAGCUGGAGCGGACGCCCAACGUCAAGCUCUUCUUCAAUCACAAGUUGACCGGUGCCGACUUCCGGACUAAUAAAGCAUGGUUUGAACGCCGUAUCCCAGGCGAAACCCCCAAGGCCGACAACUUGGGGGUUGCCGGACGAUCCCCCGAGAUUGAAGUCUCCUUCGAUUACCUCAUUGGUGCCGACGGAGCCCACUCGGCCACCCGGUUCCACAUGAUGAAGUUCGCGCGAGUCGAUUACCAGCAGGAGUAUAUCGAUACCCUCUGGUGUGAGUUCCGUAUCCCGCCUUCUGCGGACGGGGAUUUCCGUAUUUCUCCAAACCACCUUCAUAUCUGGCCCGGCCGCGAGUUUAUGUUCAUUGCGCUGCCAUCCGAUGACAAGUCGUUUACAUGCACUCUCUUCGCCCCCUCGGUGCACUACACAGCCCUUGAGAACUCACCCCAGGGCCUACAGGACUUCUUCGACCUGCAUUUCCCCGGCGUUUGCCCGGAACUCAUCGACCCCGAGGCCCUGAGCGAGCAGUUCGCCGUGAAUCCGCACCUGCCGCUGAUUAGCAUCAAGUGCAAGCCGCACCACCACAGCUCAAGCGUCGCGAUCAUUGGUGACGCCGCGCAUGCCGUACUUCCCUUCUAUGGUCAGGGCCUUAACGCCGGCCUCGAGGACGUCCGCGUGCUGUUCGAGCAGCUUGACCACCACGGCGUCUACGACCCCGACACGAGCGUCUACACCCGCAGCGUGCGCCGCCAGGCCGCAUUCCAGGCCUACACCGACGAGCGCUGUGACGACACCCACGCCAUCAACGACCUCUCCAAGCAGAACUACGUCGAGAUGCGCUGGGGCGUCAAGUCCCCGCUGUACAGGCUGCGCAAGACUAUCGAGGAAGCUGUCGACCGGCACCUCCCGUGCGUGGGCUGGAAGACGCAGUACGCCCGCAUCAGCUUCAGCAACCAGCGCUACUCAGAAGUCGUCAGUGCCGUGCAAAGACAGAGCCAGAUUCUGGGCGUUGGUCUGAUGUCCGCGCUGGUCAUGGGGGCGACAGCAUUCUCGGUGCUGAUGUGGAGGGCUCCACGCCGUUUCUCGCCUGUCUCGAUCAUUCACCGUGUCGCGCGGCAAGUAGCGAGGACUUGGGGGCAUGUUUCUCGAUAG